AUGGAUUCAAACAAUAAUCCUAAUAGUCAGUCUCAACCUUACUUUAGUCUUCUUAACUUCCCUUAUGAUAGAUUCUCUCCCAGUGUAAACUUCUCCUCUUCCCAAACCGAAACCCCUUUUCUUAGUCCACAACCGAGUUCCCAACCGAGUCAACCAGAAGACACACCAGAAGAGCGUAGGGAGAGAAGGAUAUGGUCCACAGAAGAUGACUUAGUCCUAAUAAGUGGCUGGUUAAACACAUCGAAGGAUUCCAUAGUUGGGAAUGACCAAAGGGCUGGGAGCUUUUGGAAGCGUAUAGGAGACUAUUAUGCAUCGAGUACUCAUGUACUUGAUGGUGCUCAGCCAAGAAACCCGGACCAUUGUAGACAUAGGUGGCAAAAGAUUUCCCGGGAAGUGAGCAGGUUCUGUGGAACUUAUGCAGAUGCAAAGAGUGAGAAGGCUAGUGGCAUGAAUGAUUUGGACAUUCUGCAGAAUGCUCACCGACUCUUCACUAUGCUGUACAAGAAGAAGUUUGGUUUGGAGUAUGCAUGGAAUGUGCUGCGCUUUGAACAGAAAUGGUGCGACCACACUCCUAUGAACCCUACUCCGAAGACAACCAGCUCUAACAAGAGAAAAGCUGAUGAUGCAGCACCAUCUACAGAAUCUGUUGUUGGUGAGCAUGAGAGCAGGCCUCCGGGUAUAAAGGCAAUGAAAAGAUUAAGGAACAAAGGGAAAGACAAGGUUGCACCAUCUGCAAACAUUAGUGAGAUCUGGGAGGUCAAACAGAAGGAUUUGGAGGCGAAGAAAGAACUCCAAAAAAUGUCACUUCUUGACACUCUCAUUGGCCGCAAAGACACUCUUGAUGAAGAUGAAAAACUCAUUAAAAAGAGCCUAAUUCGUGAACUAUUUAAGGAACUUUGA